AUGUCUGCUGCCAUUCCUGAUCCGCAUGUCGCGACGUCCGGUGCAUCCGAUCGGGGGUCGGGGGCCUUUGGUGCUGGUGCUGCAGAGGAUGGACAAUGUAUCUCGCCACUCGCAUUCUCCACAUCCACAUCCAUGGCGCCGUUCCAGGACCCCGACGUAGUGUAUAUCCCGCUGCCGCAGUACGAUGCUGCGGCGGACGCGUACGUCUUGCCGAGCUACACCACCUCUCCCGACGGCGACGGCCCAGAACCCCCCGACGGCAACGGCGACGGCGACACACACGCCAGCCCCGCGCUCCACCACGCCAACCUCAAGCGGCAGUACGCCUCCGUGCCCGCGGGCAUGGUGGGCAUCCCCGGCUGCGUGACGCGCUGCAUGGUGUCUGCGAACGCGGGGUUUUGCGCAAGUAACCAAGAUUACCUCUGUCUCUGCAGCAACCACGCGUACCAAGGCGCUGUGACGCAAUGCUGGGCAAUGCGGUGCAACGCGACGUCGUUCGACCUCGCGCUCUCCUACGCCUCGGCGGCAUGCACGGCGAUCGGGGCCAAGAUCGACCCCGGGUCCAACGGGGCCUCGACGAACCUCACUAUGCGGCCCGUCGUCUUCUCCCGCGCCGCCUUCAACAUCCAAGCUGUGAUGUCCUCCCUGUGCAGCUUCGUCCUCCUCUGCGCGAUCGGGCUCGGCAUCCUCUCCUGCCGCUCGCAGGCGCGCCGGCAAGCCAUGAUGUCCAGCACGGCGUGGAGCCACGCAACCAACCCGCCCACCGCCAAGAGCCGGGUCUCGCGCGUGCCCCGCUCCUACUUCCCGGGGCGGGAGCACGGGCAGGUCUCGACGAUCGAUAUCGGGUCCUCGGUCGACUUUGAAGAGAUGUUCGGGCAGCCGAUGCAGCCGCGCCGCCAGCCGCGCUUCACGAACCGGCUGCCGCACGAGCGGCCGUUUACGAACCGCCUCCCGCCGGAGGAGUGGGAGAUGGAGGCCAGCGGGAGAGGGAGCGGGACGCAGGACGAGAAGCGCAGCGAGCACAGCACGUCGAGCAAGGUCACGGAGCUUACGGGCGGUGGACAAGGCAGUAGUGUCGUGCACCUCAACCCCGCCACGCCGAGCACCGUGUACAUGGUGACUUCUAAUAGCUCGGCGUCACUCCAACGCGACGCGACGCUUGAUACCCCACCGCCGAUCCAGCGACCUCAAUCUGCUCCGCCCAGCCCCAGGAGCCCCCACACCUACUCCCCACAGGCGGCGCACGCCCAAUAG